CUAUGGUACUAUGUUUAAGAUUUCCUUUAUCCUAAAUUUGGUACAUCCAUGGUUGGAUUCCUUCACUCCAUAAAAUUAGGCAAAAAGAGUUUGAUUGAAAGAGUUGUCAAACUUUCAAGAAUCAAUUUUUAUGAUAAAAAGAAAAGAAUAAUAGGAACCAAUUCAUAGUCACGUUCGAUUCCUAGACUGCAAAUCUAUGGCUUCUUCCUCUUCUUCAAAUCCCCAAUUCCUCCUAACACCAUUUUUGCCUUCAUCUUCAAUCCCAAAACUCGAUUUCCCCCCUCCAUUACUAAACCCAUCAAGGAGGAAGAAAGGGGCUUUGGCCAUGGCAGCUGCCGCUAAUUCAGCCGCUGAUAAGCCACCCAGAUUGGUCACUUUCUUGGGUAAAGGCGGUUCUGGUAAAACCACCUCUGCUGUUUUCGCUGCUCAGCAUUAUGCUAUGGCAGGGCUCAAAACGUACUUGGUUAUUCAUUCCCAAGAUCCUACAGCCGAAUAUCUUCUGAACUGUAAGAUUGGCACAUCUCCUGUUGCAUGCAAUGCCAACCUUUCGGCUGUGAGAUUGGAAACUACAAAAAUGCUUCUUAAACCCUUAAAUAGACUAAAGGAAGCAGACACUCGUCUUAAUAUGACACAAGGAAUUCUUGAAGAGGUGGUAGGACAAGAGCUAGGUGUGUUGCCCGGAAUGGAUUCGAUAUUUUCAGUUUUGGAACUUGAAAGGCUAAUUGGAUUCUUUGGAAAUGUUACUCAAGGGAACAGUCAAAAGGAGAAAUUUGACAUUAUAAUUUAUGAUGGUAUGAGCACUGAAGAAAUGAUUCGGAUGAUAGGCGCAACCAGCAAAGCAAGAUUGUACUUGAAAUAUCUUCGUAAGUUAGCAGAAAAGACCGAUUUUGGGAGGUUGGCAGGCCCUUCUCUCCUGAGAUUUGUCGACGAAGCUAUGAGUUUAAGUGGCAGAAAUUCCAAUCUGAAUGGGAAAAUGAGUUCAGAGAUAUGGGACUUUCUAGAUCGAACAUUAGAGAGAGGAUCUUCUAUCAUUGCAGAACCCGAUAAAUUUGGCUGCUAUGUUGUGGUGGACCCCAAAAAUUCCGCAUCUUUGGCUUCUGCAUUACGCUACUGGGGCUGUGUUAUCCAAGCAGGCGCCCAGGUCUCUGGUGCCCUCGCUUUUGCAUCACCAAAUAAUGCUUCUGGGUUAAGGGAAAAAGUCGAUAAGAGCUUUUCACCUUUGCCUUACACUUUCAUUCCACAUCUCUCGAUAGAUACCCGCCUAGAAUGGAAUCAUAUAAUGCAGGAUGCUUGUAGUGAGGAUGCCCGCAAACUUCUUGCUGUAACAAGCCAUGGGACGAGGAUCCAUCCUGUUAAGUUUGAUCCGGCCAAUAAAACUGUCACGCUUCUCAUGCCUGGUUUUGACAAAUCGGAAAUCAAACUAUACCAAUUUAGAGGGGGAUCUGAGUUGUUGGUCGAGGCAGGUGAUCAAAGACGCGCCAUUUUUCUGCCCUCGAAGCUUCAAGGCAAGGUUGUAGCUGCCAAGUUUAUCGAAAGAAGUCUUGUUAUAACCAUGCAAUAACAAAAAGCUUCAAGCUUUAAGAAUGGCAACAGGUCAAAGGUAACAAGCUACAGGAGCCACCAAUUUCUAGUUGACAGUCUUUGUCCAAGAAGAUGGAACUCUUUACUGGAUUAGCUUGUGUCCAGAAGAAUGAAGAAUUAGAGAGACUGAAAAAGAAGUGAAAACAACCAGAAGAGCGGUAAAUUUGAGCAUUAAAUAGGCGGCACCCAUGUUUCUUGUCCUGUGUCUGUAACUUCUUGCCAUAGGUAUAUCUAGUUCUGACACUUACAUAGUAAUGGAUUGGGAAACUUGAAUUGUGGGAUUAUUAUGAAACGAGAAAUGAUCAGAUUUCUGGCUGGUUUAGGUGACUAUGAAACACACAGAAAAGCAUAUUUUAGGAAAUUUGACUAAUUUGAUAUUAAAAGUAGUCU